GUGUGCUCCCCCUGCAGGACGGGCCCGCGCGUUGCCCUCCCUCCUGGAGCUUCAUGGGUUUCAGUUCUAAUGAAACGACGGGAGUUCUAAAGAAUCCAGUGACUCGUCAGCUGUAAGGACUGUGCGUUACUGAAUUCAGAUAAAAGUCGAGAAGUUGUGCUCAUCACUGAUGAACCAAUUAAACCAGGGGACAUCGUGUCCUUGUUUUGUUUUUACGCACAGUGAAGGGACUGUGUGUGGAGUCUGUGUAGCUAAUCAAUACAAAGAAGUGUUUAUAAUAACAGAUCUGCUCCAAUACUGCAUAUCUUAUGAGGUUAACAUUUCCCCUUUAGAAAAUUUUGCUCGGAAAUAUUUUAGGAGGAUCUCUAACACCAUGUGGGCACUGAAAACACCAAAUACCAAAUGGUAAUAGUAAUAAUAAUCACCACCACCACCAUCAUCAUCUUGAUAAAAUAUCAGUCUGACUUUGAGGAAACAUUAAUUGCCCACAGCUUUUAUGGCUGUACUUGUAAUUACUGCCUCUGGAUACGCGCGUCAAAGCUGCCAGGGGGCGGAGUUGUUGGAAGCGCGCAGCCGGAGCGCACAGGACGCACAGCUUUCCAGAGCCCUGUUGAUAUAGGCUGAUCCGUCCUCUCACCGGAGGUUAUGGCUGAGGACUUGUAGAAGAGAGUGCAACUCUGAUUACCGGAUAGGAACUAUGCUUUAAUGUGGGUUUCGUGCGCAAAGCUUCUAUGUGAAAUCGUUUAUUGAAGCAGCUGUGAUGAGCUCUAAAUCAGGGAAACGUUGAACCUGCUACAAUGUCCCACGCACAGGUUGAAAUACCAGGACGCGGUUUCCCAGGCCUCCCUGUGGAUAUGACCGACGACUGCUUUUCCCGAGUCCCAUCCAUGCUCAGGACGCACGGUCUGGGCGCAAGGAGGAACUCUUAUGGGCUCCAGAAAAUUAGUAUGGACAUAGACUCUCCUCUUUAUAGUGGGGCUCUCUCCAAAGCUUUGUCCUGGUCGGCUGAGAAUAUUUUAACAUUGCCAGAGUCUAGAGCCGAGGAUGAAAAGACCGACGAUUAUUCACCCCAGUCACCUUCGCCCGUGUCCAGCCCUGGCACCAGCUCCAACACGCCCCCCUGCACCCAGAACCCCGAAGCUGAAAAGGAGUGGGAGCCCGUCCCAAGAUCAUCCACGGCGGCUCAAGACGCCAGCUCGGACUCGGAAAAUGACCUGGUUCACAGUAAACAGCACAAGGUUUUAUCCCGCAUCACAUUUGAUACUCAGUGGGAGCAAGAAGAGAAAGAAGAUGUGGAGACGAAAGCGGUGGCGACCUCACCUGAUGGAAGAUAUCUGAAAUUCAAUAUAGAAAUUGGAAGGGGGUCUUUCAAGACUGUUUAUAAAGGACUGGACACAGAGACCACAGUAGAGGUGGCAUGGUGUGAGCUACAGACCCGUAAGCUGACCAAAGCAGAGCGACAACGCUUCAGCGAAGAGGUGGAGAUGCUUAAGGGCCUGCAGCAUCCAAAUAUUGUCCGCUUCCACGACUCCUGGAAGUCCACAGUGAAAGGCCACAAGUGUAUCAUCCUGGUGACAGAGCUCAUGACCUCAGGCACCUUAAAAACGUACCUGAAAAGGUUCAAGGAGAUGAAGCUGAAACUGCUGCAGCGCUGGAGUCGUCAGAUUCUCAAAGGCCUUCACUUCCUGCACACGCGUACACCUCCCAUCAUACACCGGGACCUCAAGUGUGACAACAUCUUUAUCACCGGUCCCACUGGUUCUGUGAAGAUAGGGGAUCUAGGCCUGGCCACGCUUAAAAGUGCCUCUUUUGCUAAAAGUGUCAUUGGAACACCUGAGUUCAUGGCGCCAGAGAUGUACGAAGAGAAGUAUGACGAAGCUGUGGACGUCUACGCCUUUGGAAUGUGCAUCCUGGAGAUGGCCACCUCUGAGUACCCAUACUCCGAGUGCCAAAACGCUGCCCAGAUCUACCGCAAAGUCACUAGUGGUAUGAAGCCUGACAGUUUCUACAAAGUCAAAGUCCCAGAGCUCAAGGAGAUCAUUGAGGGAUGCAUUCGUAUGAAUAAAGAUGAAAGAUACACCAUUCAGGACCUCCUGGAUCAUCCCUUCUUUCAGGAGAACAAUGGUGUGCAUGUGGAGCUAGCAGAAGAGGACGACACAGUCAAGUCUGGCUUGAAGCUUUGGCUACGCAUGGAUGACACCAAGAAACUCCAUGGAAAAUACAAGGACAACAAUGCCAUUGAGUUUCUCUUUGAGCUCUACAAGGAUGUGCCUGAGGAGGUGGCUCAGGAGAUGGUUGUGCUAGGCUUUGUGUGUGAGGCAGACUUCAAAAUCGUGGCGAAGGCCAUACGGGACAGAGUGUCAGCCAUCAAACGGCAGAGAGAGAAGUUGAGACGACAGGCCGAGGAACGGAAGAAGAAGCUGGAGCAGGAGGCCAUAGAGGAGGAACCUGAACUUAGGACCGCGUCCCCUAAAGUCAACUGCGUUGCUUCCGCGGAGUCUCCCAUCCUGGCCCUGACCCCUCCAGUGCCCAUCCAGUCUCCUGUUAACAGCUCUGUGGACUCGGGCGUCAGCUCCAACUGUCCUGCAGAACCAGAGGAGCCUGAGGCCGAUCAGCACUUCCAUAUUCGUCACAACAGCCUCUCCUCUGCUAACUCUGAUUGUGAGACAGACGGCUAUCUGAGCUCUUCGGGGCUUCAGGAUCCCCUGGAGACUGGCAGCAGCUUCAACGCACCCCCAACCCCUCCCACCACACACACUGACACCCCGACUAAUAAUGGCCUCCCCGUUCCAGCCCUCCGCUUCCCCUCGAGUAUUGCAGUAUCCAACAACACAGAACAUGGCAACUCAGGCCCCACGAGUGGCUUCAACUCCCCUGUAGACAGCUAUGCCUCUGAUGUGACGUCAGGCUUGAGUGACGGCUACGAGGGUUUGCCAGAGAAGAAUGAGAAAACGGCUGUGAGGCGGACCGCUGGAAAGCUGUUCAGGAGGAGAGCGCGGUCAAGACUGCGCAUCACAGGGCUGUCUGAUAAAGUGGACCGAGUGGUGGAGUGUCAGCUGCAAACACACAAUGACAAGAUGGUUACGUUCAAAUUCGACCUGGAUGGAGAUAACCCUGAGGAUAUCGCUGCUGUCAUGGUACACAAUGAGUUCAUCCUCCCAUCGGAGAAGGAGGGCUUCAUCUACCGAAUGGGUGAUAUAAUCAAACGAGCCGAAGCACUGAUGGCGAAAGAACAGCCUGUCCAUUCCAGUGGACACAGACUCCCUCAACCUGCCUUCCACGGUGGCGUUAACUCAUUAUCAUCCUCACAGCCCAAUCUGCACAGUCACAGCCUGCCUCGAACACACUCCUCGUCUUCUCUGCCUGACUUCAGUGUGGCUAACCCAAGUGUAGGGGUACGUGGUUCACCCCCAUGCCCCAGUGGAGACGUCUUCAGUGCAGACAUUACUUCACCUGGGCGACCUCUCUUACGCUCACAGUCUUUCCACAACGCCCCAGGGUCUCCUCUUCACCAUUAUCAACACCAACACCCUGCUUCACUCCUACCGCAUCAACACCACUACCAUUUACCAUUUCUGGGCCACACUCACUUCCCAUUCCCGUACCCUGGCUCCCCAGGUUCAUCCAAACCAGCAGGGUUACAUCCUCCUCUCACUCGCGUAGCCAGUAAUCCCACCUUCCCAUCAGUUCCCUCCCCAGCUCCAGGGUCCCCGAGUCCUUUGACAGAGAACUCAAGCCCUGGCAGCAGUGAGAAUAUCACCAUGUCCCCUCAAGCACCUCAGCAACAUCCCAACAUGUGGCCCCCCCACACACAGCCUCUGUUUUCCCUGGCUAACGUCAUCUCCAUGGCCAUGAGCAUGGCCCAGUCUUUCAUCCCACCUGCGAGCCUUCCCGCUCAGGGGAUGCCUUCCUUUCCAGGUUUCCAUCCUCAACUCCCCCCUCAGAUGGCCCCACAGUCUGCAUACCCCUCUGUCUACCCAACACAGUACCAGACCCCGCCAGUAGAAGUCCCCUUUCCUACAGCAGGCAUCCCAGGGCACAACGUCUACCACAGCCCUGAGAAUACCCCACAAAUGGAUGGACCCUCAUUUCCUCAGAGCAGACAUCCAACAUGGCCACAUUCUCCAGUGUCUCCCCCCUCCAUGCCUUCCACCCCGCCACAGGCCCCUCAGGAGCCUCUGCCCACUGUGCCUCCCAGUCAAACCCAAGAGGACGGCCUUCACAGUUAUAUGGUCCCGUUUUCAUCCCAGGUGUCAGCCCAGGUUAAACCCAGACCAGAGGGCUUCGGCAUUAACUCAUCUGAUCUUUCUCCAUCACCAGCAAAAAGCCCAGAAAGCACUUUAUCUUCGCUCAGCCCUCCGUUACAUCCUGCUGUAAGUGAGAUGACGGUCAUCAAUCCUAAAUCAACAGCUUCUUCCACUGACUCUGGGUCCAUGAUGAAACGCCCUUCCUUCCUUUAUAUUCCAGAAGCCCGGUCUUCACCAGUGACUGUGGGGCGAUUUCAGGUGACGCCCAGCAUGGACAUACCCGGGUCUCCUGUGCCAGCAGGUGCUGUACCUGCUGCCCCACAGCCUGCAGACAGCGGCAGCACCCCGUCAGACAGCAGCACAGAGGAUCAAGCCGAGUCUGAGACAAGCCUAGGAACAUCCCUCACCAUGUCCCCCCCUCACCCACAUCCCCACAGAGGUUCCACAGGAGGCCCCCAGGAACUUGACAGUCACACAGGAUGGUCUGCGAGCCAAGACCAGCAGCAGCAGCAGCAGCAGCAGCAGCAGUCCAGGGAAGAAGAUGAUGAAGAAGAUGAGGAAGAGGAUGAAGAGGAUGAGGAGGAAGGAGUUGGGGAGCGACAGAGGAUGAGGAGAAGGAGUCGCAGGAGGGCGUACAGCCUCAGCCUGAUGGGAACAUCUGCAGACAGCGGACUGUCGGUGACGGCUGCUGAGAUGGAGGGGAGGCUGUGGGAUGGAGCAGCAGGCAGCCCACAGUAUGGCAAUGCCCUUCACCAUUUAUGGAUGAUGACUUACAACCGCAACGCUCCCUACUUAAGCAGCGAUGACUCAGACAGUGACGAUGAAGAAAUGCUGGAAGAGCUGCAGGAACUUAGAGAGAAACAUCUGACAGAGGUACAGGCCCUACAGGCUGCCCAAAAAAGAGAAAUAGAGGAGCUGUAUGAGAAGAUGGGCAAAGUCCCCCCUCCAGGCAUCGUCUCCCCUGCUGCUAUGUUAUCGAGUCGACAGCGCCGCUUGUCAAAGGGUAGUGGUUACCCCUCUUCACGCAGGAACAGCUUGCAGCGUUUAGACAUAUUGCCACUCCAAGGUAUCAUUAGGAGAAACUCUCUGGGAGGCAGCAGCAGUGGCUCACAAGAUAAACCCAGCAAAGGGGUCACCUUUGCCACUGACAUUAGUAGAAUGUAAGAAAAUCUCAGCCAAGCAAGCUGUAUAUCUGGACUACCUCAUCUGGUGUUGCUGCAGUGGUCAAACCCAUCCUGUAGGAGGAACUCUUUCGGCACACACAUUCAAACACUGCUUCCGUUUGCCAGUGUCUCCCCGGUUCUGCCAGUGGUCAUUUACCUCAACAUGUACAAACUGUCAUCUGUAAAACUGGGUUUACACAGAGGUUGUAACAUCCAGUGGUCAUGCCUUUGUCAGCUCUGGUGAUGUUGUUUUCAUGCACAGAACACCUAAAAAUGACAAAGCAUAUUUCUUUCUUUUUUUUUUUUUGUCUCUCCUGUAAAUAAACAUGGAAAUCCAAUGGUUUAGAAUGAACCCGUGCAGAAUGCCACAGUAAUCCUAAUCAGUAAAAUGUCGUGUCUCAGUGUUUGCUUUUUGCAUUAACGCAGUCAAAUGAAAGCAUGAAGUGCCACUGAAUUCGAGCCUUUUGGACAACAGUGGCACUGGCUUUGAAUUUGACCUAGAAUGAUAGAAGCUUUUUACUGUUAAUCAAUCUGAGCACAGUAAUGUGAACCACAGCCAGACUCUAACACUGUUAAUGACAGUUGUCGUACACUAGACGGCAAGUUGAUGUCUCAGCACCUGCUGACUGCAGAGUGAAUACACUUGCAGUAGUUUAUGUGUGAUUACUGCCAUCUGUGGGCUGACAUGAGCAGUCUAGAUGCAUUGUACAGUUUGAGUCAUUGUAAAAUAAGAAUGUGUUGUACUACAUCUCGUUCGUUAAUUACGCCUGAUAGGAUGUCCUACACUCUUUAGACUCAGCUUGACUGCAGAUCUGAACUUUUCUUUUUUCAGCAAGUUAACUGGAUUACCAGCAGUGAUGCAUUUGUUAAUCUGUAGGACAGCACAGAGAUACCGUUUUUAUCAGCACAUACAUAUGAAACUGUUACUAUUCAGGAGAGAAAAAUUUUAACAGUUAAAAAUAUUUACGUAUGACUCAUUUGGCAAGUUCUUUCUUUUGGCACAAGAAAAAAAAAUGUAUUUUUGAUAUGCUGACUAAUAAGAGAUUUGUCUUCAGUUUAAAGAGUAUCACACACCUAUUUUCAAAUGCUGCGGCUGAGUUUGAAAUGCUUUUAAAUUGAGGCUUUUUUGUGAAAAAUUCCACCUAGACUACUGGUUUUCCUGUUGAUUGUAUAUGUGUAUAUAGUAGAUUGCAUUUAUAGAUCAUGUUUACGUUUGUAAACUAAUUAUUUCUACAACCUUAAUUCUUGCUCAAGCAAAACAUAUUUGUUCCAUAGAUCAAGCACCUUGUGCACUUUAGUAAAUCCUACUUUAGUUCCAAGUCCUUCACAUAGACCUGUUUGUUCACGUGAGGAAGAGCUCUUAUGCUGCCUGUAUGGGUUGCAUUUCCGUUAUGUCUUUUUCCAUAAAAGGAAGGGAGAAAGUAUUCUCUAAUAGAUAUUUUAUGACAAUACUUUGUAUUGGAUCACAGUAAUGAGAAUGAACCAGCCCACAGUUUAAGAAAAGUAUAUUGUGGGAAAGGGAGAAAUCAGUCCAAGCUGUGAAUCUGUAGCUGUUGCCUUAUAUUGACAACACACUGAAUUUUCUGGCAGUUGAGCUCUUGUAAGAUGUCCAAAGUUCAUAAUAUAUUCAAAGAAAAAUAACAAUUCAAAUUCUGAAUGUAAAUAUAUAAUUGUAUUGCUUUCUGAAGCUGCUGUCCUGCCAUGCUGAAUCUGUGCCUUUUCCCUUUUAAUGUCUUAUUUUAUAUUUUUACUCUUGAGAUUGCUGGCUAGAUCAGACUCCAUAUGUCAAAUUUGAAAAAAAAAUAAAUAAAUGCAACUGUAAAUACA